CUCCUCGUACAGUGCCGAUGUGUUGCCCCCUCUCGGUAGGUCUGUCUCCCGUCUCUGCUCCUCCGCAGACGCGCAUGGAUCUGACGUCCGGACACUUGCUGCGCUUCUCUUCAUGAUCAGGAGGAACCACAGGAGAAGUAAGGAGAAGGAGGAUCCCUGGGACGCACAUGGCUGGAUGACAUGAUGAACCUACCCUUCUCCCCUCCCCCCACCACCUCUCUCUUCCCUGUUUUCCUUCUACUCCUUCUUUUCCUUCCUCCAUCCCUUGUCACCUCUUCCCUUUCCCACACCCCGUUGAGCUGGACUUCCCCUCAUGACCCCUGCUACCACCUGGACGCUCGCCCUCGCCACUGCCUGUCGGAGUUCAUCAAUGCUGCCUACGGAGUCCCGGUCAAUGCCAGCCACUCACUGCACGGGCUUGAUUAUGAUGCCAACAUCACCACCUUGACCGACCUCCACAACCCGCACAACCUCACCUGCUGGAUGGCUCAUGGAAAUCCUGAAACCGGGGAAUGGAUCCUUACGCUUCCUCUUGGACGUCGCUUUGAGAUUACCUACAUAAGUCUGCAGUUCUGCCAGCAGGGGGAGCCUUCAGACCCGAUCUCCAUAUCCAUCCUAAAGUCGAUGGACUAUGGACGAACCUGGAGGCCAAUGCAGCACUACUCUAACGAUUGCCCGGGGAACUUUGGGAUACCCUCGCAGACAGUAGCCCAGAGUCGGCACCAAGAGACGGAGCCCCUCUGCUCAGAUCCUCGCCCACUUCAGAAGCAAAGAGGGGGCAUGGUUCUUGCCUUCUCCGCCCUGGAUGGACGUCCAUCGUCACCUGACUUUGACCAUAGCCAUACACUCCAGGACUGGGUGACAGCCACAGAUAUCCGCAUAGUCUUCCACCAAGUGACCAAAGUGGCCAAGGAGGGUAACUCCGAUAAGAAAGACGGUGCAGAAGAUGGCAGAGAUACUGGACUUCUGAGGUGGAGAGCAGGCUCCAAAGGGGUUGACAAGUUAACCACAGAAAAUACACUGGCACUUUCUGAUAGGGAGACAAAAGACUUUGAGAUAAGGGGGAGGAACAAAGAGGAGAAACACGGAGGGAAGGGUCACUCGAAAGGGUCUGGUCAAGAUGAAGAUGGACACAACGUGACCAGCAAGGAAGGAAAGGAUAGUGUGAGCACAGACAUCCUCUCCACCCCAAAGAAAAGUGGGAAAGGCAGAGGGCGUGGUCGCAAGAAAGAAAACAAUCACUGGCUGCCUUGUCCUAAUGGAGGUUGUAAUUGGUCAGUCGAGGGGCGGGGCAGGAGCAGCAAGGGGCGGGAACUAAGGAAAAGGAGGAACAAUAAUCUUAAUUCCAAAAAAAACUCAAGGGAUUUGCAAGUGGCCCCCCACUUUGAGUUUAUGACCGCUGUCCGAGCCCCCCUGGCCCUCUCGGACCUGCAAGUUGGGGGCCGGUGCAAAUGUAACGGACACGCUUCCAGGUGUCGACGUGACGACGCGGGCCGGGCGGUGUGCAUGUGCGAGCACCACACAGCGGGGCCAGACUGCGACGUGUGCGAGGAUUUUUAUUGUGACAGGCCAUGGCAUCGGGCUACACCCACGCACCCGAACCCGUGUGUCGCUUGUGAGUGUAACGGCCACUCCAACAAGUGUCGCUUCAGCAUGGAGGUGUUCCAGCAGUCGGGUCGCCGUAGCGGAGGUGUGUGUCAGAAGUGUCGCCACCACACAGCUGGACGCCACUGCCAGUACUGCCAGAACGGAUACACCCGCGACCACAGCAAGCCGCUGAACAACCGCAAGGCCUGCCAAUCGUGUCAGUGCCAUCCUUUGGGAGCAGUGGGUCGCUGGUGUAACCAGACAUCAGGUCAGUGUCUGUGUCGAGAAGGUGUGACCGGCCUCAGGUGUAACCGCUGUGCCCCGGGAUACACUCAAGGAAAGUCCCCUCUGCGACCCUGCAUACGAAUUCAAGAGGUCGCUCCGACCCCAGUGUUUCAGCCUCAAUACAGCAUAGCGGAGGAGUGUGUUUCAUACUGCCAGCCUUCACAGGUUAAAGUCAGGAUGAACUUGGAGACGUAUUGUAUCAAGGACUUUGUGCUGAAGGUGCAGGUUAGAGGGAUGGAGCGUUCAGGUCCCUGGUGGCAGUUCUCCAUCUCCGUCCAAACAGUCUUCCGCACAGGGUCCAACUCCCACGUUCGCAGGGGCCCCCAGUCCCUCUGGGUUCCCGACCGCGACCUCAGCUGCGGCUGCCCCGCCCUCCACGUGGGCCGGACCUUCCUCCUGAUCGGUGCAGAGGAAGGCGAGCGGGGUUGGGGUCCUGAGGAGAGUCGCCUGGUGGCUGACCGCUCCACCCUGGCCCUCCAGUGGCGGGAACACUGGAGCCCAAAACUGAGGGGUUUCCGGGGGCAGGACAAGAGGGGCCGCUGUCCGCCCAAAUCCAACAACCACCACCAUCACAGGGAGCAGACAAAGCCCCAGACUGGGUACAUCCCCCCACACCUGCUGACUGAGACACACACACAGCCUCAGAGUCUGGACACACACUCUGAAGAAGUGGACGACACUCAAACUUUACCACUCACACACUCUCACACAGACAGCGAGGGUAAAUCUCCCUCCACAACGACACCAGCUCUGGUGUGCUCCACUCAAAGUCCUGGAUGAAAAACCCAAAAUAUUAAGAGACAUAAAAAAAAAUGUAUUUAUCCUCCUACUCUCCAGACUUUCUACCUAAAGGGAAUUACUACAAGGAGAGGACCGUGCCCUUUUCGCUGAUCAGGAUGAACAACCAUUACUGUGCAUCAGAGAAUCUCCACAACACAGACACAUACACACCUGUUGUGAGAUGAAAAAAUGCUUAUCUAAAAAAUGUGAAGAAACACACAAGUUCCUUAUAUAACUGUUGGUAUGUACGUUUCCUGAAGGAGAGACAUUAAAGCUUAAAAUAGUGCAGAUAAUAACAAUAUACAAAAAUUCCACCAACAAAAUUUGGGGCUAUCAUAUAUAAGUUUGAAGAGUUUUAAUAUUUUCUACUAAAGAGGCUUUGGAAAUAAUGUUGGACUGAAAUGCCAUUCAGUAUUUUUGUUGUCCUAUAAAGGUUUUUAUCAGAAA